AUGAAGAGCAGCCAAGAGCCGCUCCCGAUCUCAAUCAGUGAAGCAUAUCAUUUAUUGGCACCACUCAAGACUCGCUAUAAAAAUACAAGGGCAGAGUCCUAUCGGAUUUAUACAAAGACACUUGAAUACGCCGAAAUGUUUUGCAAAAUUGAAGACAAGUCCGCACUUGUCGAUUUGAAGUUCUUUUUGACGGAGCUUGGGUUAAAUCAGGAGGAAGUUGCUAUGGUUAUAACUUUACUCCCCCAGUCAGUGAGUGAGGCUAAAAUCUGUAUUCCGAGCUUAUCAAGGUUGGAGGAUAAGCUGAUCAGUAAAAUAAUAGAAAAAAUAAACAGUGCUGCUGGCUAG